AUGACGUUGGAUGCCAAGCUUAGGUGGAAGUACAUAAUAAAGAAGAAAAGAGAACAGCUUGGCUGGCAUCAAAUUCAAUGUACUGAUGAAGAAUUGGAUUGUGGAACGGAAUGCCUCCAGCUUGUGCUGAAACAUGCAGGUACUCGAGCAAAACUCAUCAAUGGACCAGAAGAGUUGUGGAAAGUCACACAUAAGAAGGAUUUGUUCACUGCCAACUGUUGUUUGAGAGAGAGGAGCAACGGGGUGUGCAUAAUCUCUGAGCAGCAAACUGCAUCGAGCAAAAUGUUGGAGGAGAGUCUAUCGGACAAAGUGUUGCGCAUCAAACGCGUGGACAGUGUUGCCGAGCACUCGUCUCCCUCCACCGACCACAAUCAGGCCACCUUCAACACUGUCAUUAUAUUCCACAUGCACGAAAUACAACAGGACGAGCAUCUACUCGAUUUUGCCUCACUGUUGGAUGUCGAUAAGAAUGGCUUAAUCGUGCACAUAAUUGACAACGCUCGAGUAGAUGGAAUGCAGAGUAUGUCAGUGUACAAUCUGCAUCGCAGCGGCAGAACGAUGGCGCACCAUUACGAGAAACUGCACAAAGGAGUGGUGGUGAUUCACUGUGUCUCCGCCAAUGAGGAGAGGCGUCUCAUCGAUCUUGUCUCCACUCUGGUGCAGGCAGAUCCAGCUACAUUCACCGGACAAACAUUCUUCUUGUGAACGUCCAGGUUUGCCCUCAACCCAACUCAACUUACCCUUUCGAUCAUAUUAGUUUUAUUUUUAUCAAUAAUUCAUCUAUACUACUGGAUAUUUGUUCAGUAGAGCCUUGGUUGAUUCAUUGAACGAGCGAAUUCUUACUUUUGACUUAAGGCCGAAAUCGUUGUCGGUCUUUGUGUUUGUCCGUAUGUUCUACAAUAACUCUUGAACGAUUUGAUCAAUCGGCUUCAAAUUUUGAACACAUUUUCUUCAACCCUUUUUACAUAUCAAAUCCGUUGGACAACAAAAUGUACCGACUCAUUCGUCCUUUUUCAGAAAAGAAAAAGGAUAUGUCAUCAAUAUAAUAUAUGUAUAUGCUAUAGAAUAUAUGAGGGGUUAGAAUAAAAACUCUCAUAAUCCCAAAAGUCAAUUUUCAACAAAACUGGAAAAACUGUUCUGUUGAGCUAGUAUGCUAUAGUGUAUAGUGUAUGCUAUAGAAUAUUUAGGGGGCUAGAAUCAAAACUCAUAUAAUCCCAAAAGUUCAAAACUAAUGCUAUCAAUAUUAGUACUCCAUUAGAAUCUACAAUUAUCCUAUUAUGGGUUGAAAUAAACGAACAUGGAUUUGUUGAGUCGUUACUUUCCAAUAAAUUGAUAUUGCCAGAUGUACCUGGUUGAACAAUACUAUUAUUGAUGAGUGUCUCAUUAGAUUCUACAGUUAUUAUUUAUGACAAUUCUGGUGUUCCAUUGCUUUCAAAAACUUCUGUACUAUUGUUGGAUGGUCCUGGUUGGAAAAUAUUGUUAUCCAAAACAAUAACCUCACCAAAGUCAAUUUCAAUCAAUUUCCCAAUUUUAGCAGUCUCUUCUUCGGUUGUAAAGUUGGAAUCUGGAAAAGAUAAUUGAAAGAGAUGGUCUUGGAUCCAUAUUGUGUUGUAUGGGUAGAAGCAUCUAAAACUGUCGCCUUGUUGAUCAUAUCCAACAUUUUUGCCCCCUUGAAGUCAUUCUGAAACAAGUAAAUUGAACAAAAACUUUUUUAAUUGUCCAGUGUGCAAUAUCGUAAUUAAUUGAUCAGUAAUUUUCUAAAAUAGAUUGCAUUAGAUAAAUAACUUGUUCCAGCACAUCAAUACGUGUAUUAUUUAUCGUAUUAAGUAUUGUAUUAUUCAUAAAUGAGCUGAGUUAAUAUACCGGCUAUCUACUUCUUAAAAGGAAUAAUCUUAUUCUGUCAUGCAAGCACCAUUGAAAAAGGGAUAACUUUUGGCUAUAGAAGGAAUGAUCACAUCUAUAGCAAAUCAAAUCAAAUCAAGUUUAAUUCAAUGAUAUCACUUACAUGACAAAUUCCAUUAUACAAAUGAUAUUACAGAUCAUGAAUACAAUACUGUUCGCUUAAGAAAAAUCUUGUCUGCAAACAGGAGUGGAAUACAUUCAGAAUUCAACUAAAAAUGCUUAUCUAUAAACACAAAUAAAAAUACUAAUCUUAAUUAAAUUAAAUUAUCUUAAUAUUCAUCCCACUCACACACACACACACACACACACACACACACACACACACACACACACACACACACACACACACACACACACACACACACACACACACACACACACCAUGGAGAAAUCAUAAUUUAUUUAAAAAAUUUUGAAAGAAUUGAAACAAGUGACUGUCAAGGGUAGUGAUGUAAAAUGCCUGGGCAUUUAUAAGUCGGGGCAAAUGCCUGAUAUAAAUGCCCGGGCAAAUGCCCAAAACCCAUAAAUGCCCAGGCAUUUUGGGCAUUUAUCUCUUUUAAAGACAAAUUAAUAAUGUUUUAGCCAUUGUAUGUACAUAGAUGCAUUAUAUAUA